AUGCUGGCGACCGCGACGCUUGAGGACUCAAACUGCCGAUGGUUUGUGGCUUUGUUUGAUUAUUCGCACCAUAUGUCACCCAAUGCGAAUGCGGAAGCGGAUGAGUUGUCGUUCCGAAAACAUCAGCUGAUAAAGGUGUAUGGCGAAGUGGACCCUGACGGCUUUUAUCAUGGGCAAAUUGGCAAUCGAGUUGGGCUUGUACCAUCUAACAUGGUGAUUGAAAUCGCCAAAGACGAUUUGUUGCCGAGGAGGACACGAACAGAUGCCGUGCCGUCAGGAGCAGAGCCGUCGCUACGACGAAUGCGAUGGGGUUCACUAAAAUCCCGGAGUUACGAUCACGCAGGCGAUCGGAGAGCUCACGAUAGGCCUCCCGCAACGUCACACUUCGCAUCUUCACUCGAUCGUCGGGAACCAGAAAGGCGAGAAGUCUCAGCGACAAGGGGUGAACGUUACCGCAGAACCAACGGGCGCGACUACGAAUACCGACGGGACUACGACGAUUGGUACCGGGAAGGACGAGAACCUAGGGAGCAUCGAGAGAUGCGCGAACCGCGUGACAUACGUGACCCCAGAGCUGUGCGAGACGACUAUCAUCGUGAUUACCGGGACGAGGAGGAAUAUCGAGAAAAGUACCGAGAUCGAGGCUACGAACGCGAGCGGGAACGAGAGCGUGAACGAGAUUAUGAGCGGCGAGAGGAUAGGCGGGAUGAACGACGAGAAGUAGAGCGACGUGAAGUAGAACGGCGGGAAGCUGAACGACGAGAAUUGGAGCGUCGAGAAGUUGAACGACGCGAGGAACGACGAGACUAUGAACGCCGGCAUGAUUAUCCACGAGAAGAGUCCUACCGACGAGACCGCCGUGAUGAAGGCUACCGAGAAGAUCGGCACUACGACCCUUAUGCACAGCGGUAUGACCCGGGUGCUGCUGGUCCAUCAGGUACCGUACAGCCGAUGACUGCUCCGCAGCCAUCUGCUCAAGGUCCGAGCCAUGGUGGUCAGCCACAAAUGGCUCAACUGGCUCAUCAGCUGGGUCAAAUGCAGAUGGUGACAUCAGCAAUGCAACCAGGGGCUGCGCAGCAAAUGCCUCAGGUGCUACCUGGUCUUUCAACCGGAAUGCAACCUGGGAUGAUGGAUGCGGGUAUAAACGGCGUGCCGACUAAGAAAAUGGUAGCCAAAUUUGACUACGAUUCUCGUCAACUGAGUCCAAAUGUGGACGCUGAGCAGGUAGAGCUAUCUUUCCGGCAAGGAGACAUCAUCACCGUCUAUGGGGAGAUGGAUGACGACGGUUUCUACAUGGGAGAGUUGAACGGACUGCGUGGCCUGGUGCCAUCGAAUUUCUUACAGUCCUCACCUCUGACGACACUUGCUCCAUCGCAGCCUACGGAGCCGAUGCGUAAAGGGGUUGCAUUCUCGGAUGCACAAGCAGUUGCAGCCAAGAAACCUGUGCCGACUCGCCAGAUAUCGCAAACGUCGACAGUCACUCCAACGAGUUCGAAGCCGGUGUCGAAGAAGUCAACUGCGAGUGCGCCUGGUAGCAAACCUUUGGCCAAGAAAGCUAGUGAUGUUGGCAAGGCUUCAGCCCAGAAUGUUCGGAAAACGAGUACAGCCGUAAAGAAGGGUGACUCGUCAGGCAAGAAAAAAUCCUAA